GCAGCCCCCAGGUGCCACCCUGACUGUAUUCUUGGGAGGCCUGGAGCUAUAGGUGCCUACCGGAGCCCCUCUGGAUUUUUGAUCCACCGAAACUGAAAAACCCUAUCGGAGGUUAUGUGUCUCUGAUCCAGGAGAAGGGACCGUGGUGAAGAUGUCGGCCCUCAACUGGAAGCCCUUUGUGUAUGGAGGGCUGGCCUCCAUUACAGCGGAAUGCGGUACUUUUCCAAUUGACUUAACGAAGACACGGCUCCAGAUUCAAGGCCAGACAAAUGAUGCAAACUUUAAAGAAAUCAGGUAUCGAGGAAUGUUGCAUGCGUUAGUGCAGAUAGGCAGAGAAGAAGGGCUGAAAGCUCUGUACUCAGGGAUUGCCCCUGCGAUGUUACGCCAGGCUUCCUAUGGCACUAUCAAGAUAGGCAUUUACCAGAGCUUGAAGCGGCUGUUUGUUGAACACCCAGAAGAUGAAACUCUACUGAUAAAUGUGGUGUGUGGAAUUCUCUCUGGAGUCGUAUCCUCAACCAUUGCUAAUCCAACUGAUGUUUUGAAAAUACGGAUGCAAGCACAAAGCAGCACCUUUCAAGGUGGAAUGAUAGGCAACUUCAUUAACAUUUACCAGCAAGAGGGAGCAAGGGGACUGUGGAAGGGCGUGUCCCUUACGGCCCAGAGGGCUGCCAUCGUUGUCGGCGUGGAGCUUCCGGUCUAUGACCUCACCAAGAAGCAUCUGAUUCUCUCGGGCCUAAUGGGAGACACUGUGUAUACCCACUUGCUCUCAAGCUUCACCUGUGGUCUGGCUGGGGCGCUGGCCUCCAACCCCGUCGACGUUGUGAGGACACGGAUGAUGAAUCAGAGAGUCCUUUGGGACGGCAGGUGUUCUGGCUACACAGGUACCCUGGACUGCUUGUUACAGACAUGGAAGAAUGAAGGGUUUUUUGCUCUCUAUAAAGGAUUUUGGCCAAAUUGGUUGAGACUUGGUCCUUGGAAUAUCAUUUUCUUUGUGACAUAUGAGCAGUUGAAGAAAUUGGAUUUGUGACAAGUCAAGGCUGCCUGAGACAGCGCUCUGCAAACGCUCCCUUUCCGAAACAAUAAAGCUUCCUGCGUGUCACGCUGCUUCUCACUGCUUGGUUCAUCACAGAUUCUGAAGCGUGAGCAACAGAUGAAGAUGGGGUUAGUUCUGGUUGCUGUGUGUGGGCAGCUGUGCCUCAGAUGUUUCAUGCUAGAAACGAACAUCCGAACACUAGUCCUUACCAUGCAAGUGCCCUUUGACUCCACGACCGCAUGUGGAACGCAUGUUUCUUGCUAAAGAAAACUUGCGAGAAGAUCAGGAACUGUGUGUCAUUUUCUUCAGGGGAGAGGAGCCCCUGUUGUGUCUCAGCUUACAGCUGAGAAUGCCACACUGCUCUGGAGAAGCUUAUAGGAGCCAUGGAUUGGAGCCUCCAAGAGGGUGUUAUUGUUCCUGAACUUGUGGGGACUGUCACUUCUUGUCAGCUGAAGAAAUUUCA